AUGGCAAACGCCCCACAGCUACAUGUGUGUAAGGAGGAGGAGAUUGUGGCUGAGCAGGAGCUCUGUCACCGGGAGAGGAAGUCCAGUCUGGCCCAGGAGGAGCCAGAGCCUCCACAGAUUAAAGAGGAGCAAGAGGGAGAGCAGUUCAUAAAGGAGGAGACUGACAUGUGGAUGUUGACUCCUACGAAGGAGGAAAGUGAGCACAGAGAAGCAGAUGGACAACAUGGACUCCAGCUCCUUUGUCACAACUCUCAUGUUGCUAAGAAUCAAGAUCCCACAGAGAAAAAGCUGAAAGACUCAGAAAUAACUGGAAAAUCAAAACCUAGACAAGAGAGAGACAGAAAUCACACAGGUGAGAGUCGUCACUCUUGUAAUACCUGUGGAAAAGGAUUUUCGUCUACAUCGCAUUUAAAAAGCCAUAUGAAGACUCACACAGAUGCCCCACAGCAACAUGUGUGUAAGGAGGAAGAGACUGUGGCUGAGCAGGAGCUCUGUCACCAGGAGAGGAAGUCCAGUCUGGCCCAGGAGGAGCCAGAGCCUCCACAGAUUAAAGAGGAGGAAGAGGGAGAGCAGUUCAUAAAGGAGGAGACUGACACGUGGAUGUUGACUCCUACGAAGGAUGAAAGUGAGCACAGAGAAGCAGAUGGACAACAUGAACUCCAGCUCCUUCCUCACAACUCUCAUGUUGCUAAGAAUCAAGAUCCCACAGAGAAAAAGCUGAAAGUCUCAGAAAUAACUAGAAAAUCAAAACCUAGACAAGAGAAGGACAGGAAACACAGAGGUGAGAGUCAUCACUCUUGUAACACCUGUGAAGAAGGAUUCUUGUCUACAUCGCAUUUGAAAAGCCAUAUGAAGACUCACACAGGUGAGAAGCCUUUCUCCUGCACCACCUGUGGAAAAAGAUUCGGACAUAAAUCAUAUUUGAAUGAUCACAUUCUUACUCACACAGGUACAAAGCCAUACAUCUGUGGUACCUGUGGGAAGUCAUUCACCAAGAAAGGUCAUUUUGAUGCUCACUUUAACAUCCAUACAGGUGAAAAACCACAUACCUGCACCAUGUGCAACAAAUCUUUCAGACAUAGGAGUACCUUGACAACCCACAUGAGAACACACACAGGUGAGAAGCCUUUCUCCUGCAGCACCUGUGGAAAAAGAUUCAGGCAUAAAUCAAAUUUGAAUAAUCACAUUCUUAUUCACACUGGUGAGAAGCCAUACACCUGUGGUACCUGUGGGACAUCAUUCACCAAGAAAUGUACUUUGGAUAGGCACUUAAACAUCCACACAGGUGAAAAACCACAUACCUGCACCAUGUGCAACAAAUCUUUUACACGUCUUAGUAAUUUGAGAGUCCACAUGGGAACACACACAGGUACAAAGCCAUACACAUGUGGUACCUGUGGGAAAUCAUUUACUCAGAAACAAAGUUUGGAAGACCACAUGAGAACACACACAGAUGAGAAGCCUUUCUCCUGUACCACCUGUGGAAAAAGAUUCAAGCAUAAAUCAAAAUUGAAUAUUCACUUUUUUGCUCACACAGGUACAAAGCUGUACACAUGUGGUACCUGUGGGAAAUCAUUUACCCAAAAACAAAGUUUGGCUAGGCAUUUAGACAUCCAUACAGGUGAGAAGCCUUUCUCCUGCAGCACCUGUGGAAAAAGAUUCAGGCGUAAAUCAUAUUUGAAUAUUCACAUCCUUACUCACACAGGUACAAAGCCAUACACCUCUGAUACCUGUGGGAAGUAAUUUACUUUGAAAAUUUCCUUUCGAUAGUCACUUUAAGAUUCAUACUGACAAUAAUGCGUAAACCUCCUAAACAUGUUGCGGGUCUCUCAGAACUGGUUGAUGGUUCAUGAGAGAAGAACUGACACUGCUAAGAAUCUUACCUUUGGCAUCUGAGAUCUGCUAGGAAAGGGACUUCGUCUCCUACUUUUUCGUGACUAGUUUUGGGUCAUGUUACUGUUAAAGUUACUUGUUACUUGCAUUGACGUCCCCCGGUUCUUCACGUCAUUGUCAAUACUUCCCCACUCUCCACUUUUGCCGUGCAUGUGGAGCCAGGAUCUUGUAACAUGACAGAAAAUUCUCCUACUGAUAAAACUGCCAUAAAUGCCAGAUUCAAGAACAGCCAUGAAACUAUUUCUCCUGUCAACGCCAUAAAUCACACCAGGCACAGGGACAUCACAAACAGCUCUCUACUAGGGGUGGGAAUCACAAGGUACUUCACAAUACAAUACAAUGCAUGAUACAUGGUCCACGAUACAGAUAUCAUCAUAAUACCGUGAUAAUCAAUAUACUGCAAGAAAAUCCCAAAAUAUGUCUAACUAGAGCAGUGGUUCCCAACCUUUUCCAACUCAGG